AUGACAGCUGCUUUAAAACAAGCUUUAAAAGCUCAUUUUGGCUUUGACGACUUUAGAUCAAAACUACAGGAAGAUGUGGUUAAAUCGAUCAUCAAACGUGACAAUGAUGUGUUUGUGUGUAUGCCCACUGGAGCUGGAAAAUCCCUGUGUUACCAGCUCCCUGCUCUGCUGACAGAAGGCAUCACACUGGUCAUAUCUCCACUGAUCGCACUGAUCCAGGACCAAGUUGACCGGCUGAAAAGCUUAAAUAUUCCAGCAUGUUCGAUCAACUCCAAGUUGCCCGCUGCAGAGCGUCGCCUGGUCUUUGCAGACUUGCAGAGCAGCAGUCCAAAGCUCAAGCUGCUGUACAUUACUCCAGAGAUGGUGGCCUCUCCGUCCUUCCAGCCAUGCCUCUCUGAGCUGUGCUCCCGUGGCCUGCUGUCCUACCUGGCUGUGGAUGAGGCUCACUGCGUCUCUCAGUGGGGACAUGACUUCAGACCGGACUACCUCAAACUGGGGGAUCUGAGGGCUAAGUUACCUGGUGUGCCUUGUCUUGCCCUAACUGCUACAGCCCCCAAGAAUGUACAGGAAGACAUAGUGCAGUCUCUCCGGCUGCAGCAGCCGCUGUCCUUUGUCAUACCCGUAUUCCGCAGUAACUUGCACUACGACGUCAUCUUCAGGGAACUACUGCCAAAUGCUUUCGUGCACCUACAUUCCUUUAUCAAACAAGCUCUCACGCCGGUCAAUGGCACCACGGAACAGGGCUGUGGAAUCGUAUACUGCCGAACCAGAGAGGGCUGUGAAACUGUUGCCCACCAAUUAACUAAGCUAGGCAUGUCUGCUAAACCCUAUCAUGCAGGGUUAAAUGCGGGAGAUCGCACAGAGGCUCAGAAUGACUGGAUGCAGGGUAAAGUUGUAGUUAUUGUCGCCACUAUCAGCUUUGGGAUGGGUGUGGACAAGGCCAAUGUCAGAUUUGUAGCUCAUUGGAACCUUGCUAAGUCCCUGGGCAGUUACUACCAGGAGUCUGGUCGAGCUGGCAGAGAUGGCCUCCCAUCCUCCUGUCGAACCUACUACUCCGCUAAAGACAAGGAACAAAUUUACUUUCUCAUUCAACAAGAAGUCAGUCGGCGACAGAAAAAAAGAGGGUCCAUGAAAGAGUCUGAUAAAGCCGCGAUAAAGGAUUUUGAAGCCAUGGUGAAGUUCUGUGAGCAGGAGGGAUGUCGCCAUGCCACCGUCUCAAAGUUCUUCGGGGACCAGCCUCCCAAGUGUGCUGGCUCAUGCGACUUCUGCGUGAAUCCCAAAGCGGUGCGUGCCCAGAUUGCCCGAGCCGCGGUCCUCAGCACGCGCACCCAUGCCACCCAUGAGAAGCCGGCCGGUCCCUUCGGCUUCAUUGCAGGCCAGUAUGAAGGGGGCCGGAAGGGCUAUGGCUUUGAGAGACACGAUGAAGACGAAAGUGACGAGGAUGAUAAGGAAAGUUUGCUGAGGAAGAAGGAGUUUUCAGAUCUCUACAAGAAGCAGAUGAACAUGAGAAAGGGGGGAAGGGGGGCGUGUGUGUGUGGGGGUUGUCGUGGUGGUCACUUCCUGAGGGUUCCGGUCGCUCUCUCCUCCCCUCCUCUCAUUCCCAUCCAUCGCCCCGGGCUCUGUUUGGGUGCAGCGGGGGAAGAAACGGGCCACAUCAAGCGGUUCCCGAUGGCUCCGGCCCGGGUACGAUGGAGGAGUUGA